AUUAAUUUUUUCUUUUUUUGUUAAAAAAUAAAUAUAUAUUUAAACGAAAUGGCUAAUAUCCCUCACGGUGGUGUUCUAAAAGAUUUACAUGCUCGAGAUGCUCCAAAAAAGGAACAAUUACUAGCAGAAGUUGAAAAAUUGCCUUCUAUCGUAUUAUCCGAUCGUCAAUUAUGCGAUUUGGAAUUAAUAAUGAAUGGGGGAUUUUCACCGUUAGAAGGAUUUAUGAAUCAAGAGGAUUAUCAAAGUGUCGUCAAUAAUCUCCGAUUGAAAAAUGGCCUAUUAUUUUCUAUGCCAAUCACUCUCGAUGUAUCCGAUCAAGAUAUAGAAACUUUAGGAUUAGAAUCAAAAAAGAGAAUAGUAUUACGUGAUCCUCGUGACGAUGCGCCAUUAUCCAUUUUAACCAUACAAGAUAUAUAUAAACCUAAUAAAAUUGAAGAAGCGACAAAAGUUUUUGGUGACGAUGAUAUCCUUCAUCCCGGAGUAAAAUAUUUGCAUACUCAAGCGAAGGAAUUCUAUGUUGGUGGUACUGUUGAAGCUAUUCAGAGUCCAAUUCAUUAUGAUUAUAUAGCACAUCGACAUACACCUGCAGAACUUCGCGCACAUUUCAAUAAACUUCAUUGGACUCGAGUUGUUGCUUUCCAGACACGUAAUCCUAUGCAUAGAGCUCAUAGAGAAUUAACAGUUAGAGCAGCACGUAAUAGACAAGCAAAUGUUUUAAUUCAUCCUGUAGUUGGAUUAACCAAACCAGGUGAUAUCGACCAUUAUACAAGAGUAAGAGUCUAUCAAGCUCUUAUGCCAAAAUAUCCUAAUGGAAUGGCAGCGUUGAGUUUAUUACCUUUAGCUAUGAGAAUGGGAGGACCCAGAGAGGCAGUUUGGCAUGCUAUCAUUAGAAAAAAUUUUGGUAAUACUCAUUUUAUUAUCGGAAGAGAUCAUGCUGGACCUGGAAAGAAUUCCAAAGGUGUCGAUUUUUAUGGACCUUAUGAUGCACAGAAACUAGUUGCAAAAUAUCAAGACGAAUUAGAAAUUGAAGUCGUACCAUUCCAAAUGGUGACAUAUAUUCCUGAUUCAGAUGAAUAUUUGCCAGUGGACGAAGUACCAGAAGGCACAACAACGUUAAAUAUUUCUGGUACAGAAUUAAGAAGAAGAUUAAGGAAUGGUGGUCAUAUUCCUGAAUGGUUUUCUUAUCCUGAAGUCGUAAAAGUUUUAAGAGAGACUCAUCCUCCAAGAUCUAAACAAGGAUUUACGUUGUUUUUAACUGGUUAUUACAACUCUGGUAAAAAGGCCAUUGGUAAAGCUUUAGAGGUUGUAUUAAAUCAACAAGGCGGUAGAUCUGUUACCUUGUUAUUGGGAGAAACUGUUAGACAUGGAAUUUCUUCUGAAUUGGGAUUCUCUAGAAGAGAUCGAGAUCAAAACAUCGCUCGUAUAGCUUUUGUGUCAGCAGAGCUAACAAAAGCUGGUGCAGCUGUUAUUGCAGCCCCAAUUGCUCCGUUUGCCGAAGCACGUGCUCAAGCUAAAUCUCAUGUUGAAACAUACGGAGGUUUUUAUUUAAUUCAUGUUAACACCCCUCUUGAUUAUUGUAUCAAGACUGAUAGAAGAGGAAUUUAUAAGAAAGCACAAUCUGGUGAAAUAAAAAAUUUCACCGGAGUUGAUGAUCCUUACGAGGCACCAGUUGAUGCCGAUAUUGUUGUUGAUGUUAGUAAACAGUGUGUCAGUGAAAUUUGCCAUCAAAUAGUGUUAGUGCUCGAAAAGGACGGAUAUAUCGGAGAAAGAUAAAAAUUUUGAUAUUCUAUUGUAACAAAAUGUGAUUUAAAAAUUCAUUAGUUGAUUUUUUAAUCCAUCAUUCAAAUGCAUACAUUGAUUUAUUAUACAAUAAGCAGCAUUUAUUGUUCUAAAUUAAAAAAUCCAUUAUAAUAACAUAUAAUUAAUGGUAUAUACAA